ACUGAGUGUGUUGGUCGCUCGCGUAUAAAAUGAAAAUCGACUGUUCAUGUGAUUGCAAUUGCAGCGACCUCGCCUCGUGCAGCACCAACAUCACCGACCGCCGUCCGAGCGAUAUCAUGGCCAAUGGCGAUUGCUAUCGCCGAUUAUCGAAUUCAUCGUCCGCACUGUACGGCAGUUGUCCACAGCUAACGCAACAUUUAGAUUCCACGCAACAACAGCAACAUUGCGCACACAUUAACCCAGCCGCAAGCGAAGCAGACGAAGCGCAACAAGCGCAGCAGCAUCAUUAUCAACAGCAACAGCAACAGCAACAUCAACAACAGCCACGUCAAUACUCGAGUUUAGUACGUCCCCGCCAGUCGCGUAGUCCAGUGCUUUGUCAGCGGUGUGCUGUGUGACGAAGGAAUAAUCAAGCCUGCA